UUAAAACGCGCCGUCCUCCUCUCCCUCCGUCGCCUAUAGAAGACACUGUCCGCCGGAGGGGACCACCACGCCGCGGCAUCAUCGCUGCAUGGGCAUGCUCUGCGGGACGCGGCUGAUGUGAGACGGACAGGGGACACCCAUCCGAGUCACUCGGUGUCCGCGGAUGUGCGCGCUGAGGAGCUGCAGAAUUGGCGUGUAAAAGCUGGGCGGCGAUCGAUCCAGAAGCUACUCCUGUUUUUUGUCGUGCGCCGAGGAGCACAGGGGGGAAGGCGCCCAGCAUCCCUGCAUCUCUCCCUGCACGGAGCAGAGAGGACCUCCCUCCCUCCACACUAGAGCGCCUUGCAUCGGGUGUGGAAAACCCGCCGCUCGCUGUCGUCGUCCAACCGGGAUUAAAAAACAGGAAACACCCCGCCGACCCGCCCCCCCCGCCAGCCGUCACCAUGGGGAAACAGAACAGCAAGCUGAGGCCAGAGAUGCUGCAGGACCUGAGGGAGAACACCGAGUUCUCUGAUCACGAGCUGCAGGAGUGGUACAAGGGUUUCUUAAAGGACUGUCCAAGCGGGACGUUGAACGUGGAGGAGUUCAAGAAGAUCUACGCCAACUUCUUCCCCUACGGCGACGCGUCCAAGUUCGCCGAGCACGUCUUCCGAACGUUCGACACCAACGGCGACGGCACAAUAGAUUUCCGGGAGUUCAUCAUUGCCCUGAGCGUGACGUCUCGGGGCAAGCUGGAGCAGAAGCUGAAAUGGGCGUUCAGCAUGUACGACCUGGACGGCAACGGCUACAUCAGCCGCGACGAGAUGCUGGAGAUUGUACAGGCAAUCUACAAGAUGGUGUCCUCUGUCAUGAAGAUGCCAGAGGACGAGUCCACGCCCGAGAAGAGGACGGAUAAGAUCUUCAGACAAAUGGACCUCAAUAAUGACGGGAAGUUGUCCCUGGAGGAGUUCAUCAAAGGUGCCAAAAGCGACCCCUCCAUCGUUCGGCUACUCCAGUGCGACCCCAGCUCGGCCUCCCAGUUCUGAGCAGUAGCCUCCAUGUUGCUACUGCAGCGGCCACUGAAAUGCAUGAUGUUUUUUGUUUUUUUCUUAUAUCGCUCGUUUCGAUUCAUACUUAAACGUCGGCAAACGGUGGAAGGAUUUAAGUUCCGUGUUAUUGAUUUUUGUAUAUUUUCGACAUUUCAAAAGGACACGCGUAUUGAUGAGUUCUGCCUCUCUCUGGAACAUGAGAGGCGUCUCGUCCAGCACACACACAUUUGUGUAUAUCAUGUAUAUAUAUAUAUAUAUAUGACAUUAUAUGUGUGUAUCAUUGUGUACACACUCUGGUAUUUCCAAGGCAGUAUUAUGUAGCGUGACCCUAUGGGGUUGCAGUGGGCCACUUUGAUUUCAAUUAAUGCUUAUACAUUUUUAAUUUCAUUUAAUAGGAUUAUUAUAGUUAUUUAUUAUUGUGAUGAUUAUGUUCGUAGGAGUGAUAUUUACUUUUUUUUUUUCAUGCUUUGUUUUGUACGUUUUCUGCAUUAAUGUCAUGCUUUUGUGCGUUUUAACUUAGUUUACAGCGACGGAGGGAGACACAAUGUCAAGUUAGAUAUCAUGCGUUUGAUAUAAAAGCAUCAGUAGCACACUUUAUUUGUGACGCCACGUCCGACCGUGCGUGUGCAUGUCGAUGUAUGGAAUGCUCGAGGUUGAUUUGAACAGUAUUAUUAUUAUAUUGAUGAUCACGUACAGUACGCAGGUGUUAGUUGUUACCCAUCCGCACUGCAUGAACCCAUGAAAAAAUGGCGACUAAAGCAAAAGUAAUGCACGGUGGUCUCUUUUUGCAGCUUCAAUGAUUUGUCUUGGUCACUCACUAAGGGCUCGCUCAUCACUGGGAACUGGCUUUAACCACCUCCUGGAUGAACUGCUUACCAGGGCAGGGAAAUGAAGGGACAUGUUUCACAUGAUAAUUACAGUCCUGGGUUUAAAAAAAAAUUUUUUUUUAAGGAAAUAAGGGAGCUUGUUGUGUCGUAAUGGCUGCAGCUAAUUCAGUGUGGAAUAACUACUGUUGACCAUCCAUUUCCUACCGCUUGUCCCUUUGGGCAAAAUCAAGAAAAUGUUACAAUCAGGGCCACACAUGAAGUAAUGUUACAAAAAUUAAGUCGCAAUAUUACCAGAAAAAAAACAUUUAAAAUGUCUUUUUUAAGAUCAUUAAAUGCAUUUUAUCAAAACAGUCAAAAAAUUAUUCGAAACAAAGCGUAUUCUUACGAGAAAAAAAUAGUAAUAUUGAAAGGUAAAAAAGGUACAUGUAAGGGUAUUAAAUAGGAAUACUGAAUGCGUGAAAAUGUGCUUUUUUUUUUUUUUAAUGAAAAGAGGCAAAAUAUUACAAAAAAAUAAGUUGUAAUACUGACAGGAAGAGAAGGGGGACAUUUUUGAGAAUAAAGAGCACAUUUUAAAAAAUGUGGCAAUUAUGUUAACAGGGAAAAAAGUAAUUUCCUGAGAUGUUUCAUGAUGAAAAAAUAUAUCGCAUAGGUUUUAUUAGAAUAAAGAUGCAUUUUUUAUUU